AUGAACGCUCUCUACGCCGUCGCCGACUCGCCCGUCGCCAAGCUUGUCGAUGCCCUCAAGAACUACAUCGUUCUCAACCCUGCCGUCUCGGGCGCCCUCCUCCUGCUGCUCGCUGGCAAGGGCCCCGAGGGUCUCCAGGAGAAGCUCCACGAGGUCCUCGCUCACAUCCCCUACGAUGAGUCGACCAUCAAGCUCGCCCUGCAGAUCCUGUUCGGCGUCGGCCUCGUCCGCAACGUGAACAGCAAGCUCUCCGAGCUCGCGCAGAACAACUGGCGCUGGGGUCCCGCCCCUGGCUGGAACUGGCCCCAGGAGAUUGCCAUCGUCACUGGCGGUUCUAGCGGAAUCGGCCUCGGCAUCACCGAGCGCUUCGCCGCCAAGGGCAUCAAGGUCGCUGUCCUCGACGUGCAGGACUUCCCCAAGGCCAAGCUCGCGCCCAAUGUCAAGUUCUACAAGACGGACAUCACCGACCCGGUCGCCCUCAAGAAGUCGGCGGACCAGGUGCGCCGCGACUUUGGCGAGCCGACGAUCCUCAUCAACAACGCCGGUGUCACGCGCCCCAGCACCAUCCUCGACAUCAGCCACGAGUUCCUCAACACCAUCUUCAAGGUUAACACAAUCUGCCACUGGACGACUGUCAAGGAGUUCCUCCCUGCCAUGGUGAAGCGCAACCACGGUCACGUCGUGACCAUUGCGUCGGUCGCGUCCUUUGUCCCCCUCCCCGGUGGCGCCGACUACAGCUCGACCAAGGCCUCGGCGCUCGCCUUCCACGAGGCUCUCGGCGCCGAGAUCAAGUUUGCCUACAAGGCCCCCAACGUGCUCACCUCGAUUAUCCACCCCAACUUUGUCAACACCCCGCUGGUUGCCGACUUCAAGCACGUCCUCGACAAGGGUGGCAUUGCCUUCCUCACCACGGACCGUGUCGCCGACGACAUUGUCAAUCACGUUUACAAGCGCAAGUCGGACCAGGUCAUCAUCCCCGGCUCGUCGACCUUCCUCUCCACCGUCCGCUCCUGGUCCAACUGGCUCCAGAUCAUUGUCCGCUCCGCCGCCGCCAAGGGCCUUAACGAGCGCGUCUAG